CUAAUCCAAUUUGGCCUAUGACAAUACAAACGAAAUUUCUUCGCUACGCAUUAUCCAGGUGCGUGUGCGUUUAGGAAAGGAAAGAGACAGGGCCAGGGAGAGUGCGAGUACCAAAAGCGAUAUUUCAAUUAAAAAGCUAGACCCGUGUGUGUAUGUGACCUACGAAAAGUUGUUGAAUUUAACAACGAACAUAAACAUAACAUCAGUUUGAGAAUAAACCCCUGAGGAGAGUUUAAAUUGUAUUUCUGGUACUGGUUCGGCGGCAGCAAAAUCAUUUCCCUAUGAUUGGCUCAUUCUGGAAUCUGUGCAGAGCGUGCCCAUCAAUGCCGGUAGACAAGCAGCUCCACUCGGAAUAUCGGAGCACUUACCGUUGGCAUGAAUUUACUGGUAACUCGAGGCCAGAGGUUGUGCGAAGAGCGCCAGCCCCAAAUCCAAGUCAAUUUGUUGGUCCAACAAAUGAGCCGCCACUGCCCCGACGGAAAAAAUGUCCAGAAUUAGCAUACAAAUCGCACGAGUUUAUUAUAGGGUCUGAAUACACGGAUGCACGCCGAGAUGCCAGUGCACAUCGCCUGGCGAGGUCGGAGGAACGGGGUACGCCUUCGCGUCGCAGCAAAUCGGAAGGACCCCCCGUAGUGCCCAACGGACGCACCUAUCCCAUUUCAUCGGAGGUCGAUGGAACUUCGAGAAAACAGGCGGGUGAGUCAAAUGGCGGGAUAUUGAAAAAGACGAUCACAAAAUUGAGCACAGAGUACCGCCUGCAAUUCGUUUGGCCCACUGUCCGACGGAUUAAGGGCGGUGGCGAUGCGACGUCUAGGGCCGCUGCCGGAGAUUAUCCGCGAAAGUCCAUAUCGCUGGGCGCCAUUCGGUCUGGUGGCCAGAGUCACGCUCCGAACCCGAGUCAGAGUCAGAGUCAGGCCCACAGUUACACACAUCACACGAUGAUGGGUGCCGGUGCCGGGUUGCCAACGGUGCAUAAAAAACGAACAACAAAUCAGAAAGAAGCUACUCUACAUGAGUUGGAGCCCUUGGUUAGCGAUACGGAUGAUAGAAAAACGCACGAGAAGCAAGUGACCAUUGUGGAGCGCAAGAUUACCUCGCGCCCGUUCUCGCAGGCCAUCGACCAGGAGCGGCUGAACCAUUUCAUCACGAAAAAGGAGAACUUUGGCUUCGCCGAUGCCGCGGAUGCCGCCGUUGCCGCUCUCAAGGAUGAAUUGGACAACCGCCAGCCGGCCACCGAACCCGGCCAGGUGGUGGUUAUGAACGGCACUGCACCUCCGCACUCUAAACCGAAUUUAGAUUUGUGGUUCAAGGAGAUGGUAGAGCUGCGUAAAAAGGCUGGCGAGUACAAGUGCCGCGGAUGGGGCAUAGAAAUCGAUCCGGACUUGUACAAAAAGCAGAAGGAUCUCUGGGAUCAGGUUUCAAAGCGCAGCUCACUUUCAGCCCUAUCUCUAGCGUCGUCAGUUCAUAGACCUAUUACGAAGGAGGAGAAAGACCAGGAGAACAACAAAAAGUCAACGCCGUUGCAAAAACCGCAAAAGCCUCGAGUCCCCGGGCAGGCGUUCUUGAUUGAUAAUAAGGAUGAGAUAUCAGCACUGCCAGCACGAUUUAGCAAUAUUCGUCAUCACCUUGAACGCACCACUGGUCCGGAUGUAGAAGAGGGCGCCCUGUUGCCUUCGCCCACGCGUGAGAAGCUUAUGCCCGCUAUUACAAAGCGAGAGUCAGAGUCUCAGCGCGGAAGUCCUAAGAAAACGGCUUUAUCGCGACAUGGGUCGCCUCAGAAGGGAAGUCCCCAGAAGGGCAGCCCCAAGAAGGUCUUAAAAUCGCGCUCACAAUCCGUGGGUCCGGGCGUGGCCGAGAAUGAGUCACCAAAGCGCCAGAUCCGAUCCGCGAGUCAGGCGCCCUCGAGCCGCAAAAAGACGCCGACAGCCGGAAGCGGCAGCGAACGCAAGGCACGCCCAUCCACCCUUUCCACAACAUUCCAAUCCCGCAUUAAAAGUAGUUCCCUGCCACCGCCCAACGGUAGAGUAGCCUCAGCGGCGCCGUCAGCAAGUGCAACUUUAACUGCAACUGCAACAGCGGCACCCACUCGGACAGCAGCAGCAGCAUCCGCCGCAGCAACAAAAUCCGCAUUACAUGCUAAUCAGCCUCAUGCUAAUCAAUCACAUCCACAUCCGCAUGCCAAAAGCAGCAGCGCCACUAGGCCAGUAAGCGGCAACAAAAUUCUGAAAACAUCGGCAUCCCAGCAGCAACAGCAACUGCAACAGCAGCAAAUGCGUAAGAAAGACAAAGAUAGAUCCAACAUUAGUUGCUUGGGCGUUGGUUCUAGUAGUUACAAUGUUGAUGCUGGUAGCGGUAGUCAGGCAAAUAGUGUCAAGCAUCAGCAGAAUAAGCAAAAGCAAAACCAACUGCAACAGCAGAAGGAACAACAACAACAACAACAACCACAACAACAGCAGCAGCAAGAACAUAAAGUGCAAAGGUUGCAACCACAACCGAAUACGAUUGCAGCCAGUACAGCAGCAACAUCGGCUCAAAAUCCCACACGGCCAGCAACAAUCAACAUCAAACGGCUAUCGGUACCAGGUCAGGAUAAAAAAUUGGCUGAAAACGAUACGGAGGAUGGUCGUGAGACUGCCAUUUCCAUUUCCAGCUGCAGUCCCCAGCCGCCGGUACCGGAAGUGCCCGAGGAGCCCCUCGUGAAAUCCCCGCCUGAGCCGACGCGCGUCAAGUCUCCGGAGCAGAUCAUAAUGCGUUCUCCCGAUCCAGUCAAUUGGACCGUGCCCUUGGAUACUGGCAAGACCUUCACCGUCACGCAGAACGUGAAGGAUGGGGAAAAUUACAGCCGACCUCAGAGCGAAAUUAAAGCGUCGACUCCGGUGGAAAAGCCACCACCGCCACCGCAAUCGGCACCGCCACAACUAACCGAACAGGCUAAAAUGGACGCAUGGAAGUCGAGCAGUCCUACCACUAAUGCCGGGCUCUACGGCAAAACCUUGACGCCACAUGCCACGCCCACCGGCCAGCCGGGCGGAGCGGUGCGCUGCUUUGUCCAGGAUCAGCAGCAGCCACAGUCGGAGUCGACGGGCACGGCCCCCACCGCCCGUACCACCGCCGCUGAGGUGCUUGAGAGGGCCCGGGACCGCUUUGAUCGAUUCUGGGGCAGCAGCGCCACCAAGGAGGAGAGCGUCUAAGCUCCGGACGCAGCAGGAGGCCUUUUUGUUUUGUUCAGUGCUUUCGAAGUGCAAAGUCAGUUUUUACAAGACAGUAGAGGGCCCUUCGCAAGGAAGGCAAUUAUGAUACGUAAAGGAUAAAUUCGAUACCCAAAAAUAUACGAAAACCAUCUAUACUUAUAAACUAGACGGAUUUAUGUGUGACCAUUAUAUUUCUCCAAAGAGUAUUGAUUCAAUAAUUUUAAUUUAUAUAGAUUUGUAGUUUCAUAAAAGAUUAUUAAAUAAA